GGACGCUCCCUGGUAAGUGAAAGGUGCCCCCGCUGACAGAUGCGGCUCUAGCCGUUUGGCUCGAGACUCCUCUUCGUCCCAGCGCCGCACCAGCGUCACAAGUCGGGCUCGGCGAGAUGGCCCCCAAGAUCCCCCGCCGAGCUCAAGCGGGGACGCUUGUGGUGUUGGGUGCGCUGGUCGUCCUGGCCAGCCUGCGCGCGCUGUCUUCCUCGAGGGGCCCCGCGCCUGGCACCCCCGAGGCGAUCGAGCGCACGAAGGAGCUGCUCCUGAAGGCAGAUGCCGUGUUCUUCGACGUGGACAGCACGGUAUUGAAGACAGAGGGCAUUGACCAGAUGGGCCACUGCUUCGGGGUCAUGAAGGAAAUCGCGGAGCUCACCCACAAGGCCAUGAACGGCAACGUGAAGUUUCAAGACGCGAUGAAUGAUCGUCUGCAGCUGAUGGCCGACCAUGGCAUGACCAAAAGAGGCCUCGACAAGUGCGUCGAAAGGGAGGCAAGGUUUCCGGCAUGGUCGCCGGGCGUACGGGAGGUUGUGAAGAUGUUCCACAAGCAGGGUACCAAUGUCUACCUCGUCUCGGGCGGCUUCAAGAAUAUGCUCUACCCCUUGGCGCUUGAAUUGCACAUUCCACAGAACCAGGUCUACGCCAAUGAGGUACUCUUCGACGAAGACGGCAACUACGCCGGGUUUGACAGGAGCAAUCCUACGGCGGCGUCUGGUGGCAAGCCCAAGGUGCUCAAGAUGAUGAAACGGAAGCAUGGCUACAAGACGAUGAUCAUGUUCGGCGAUGGUGCCACCGACAUGGACGCCCGCACGGAAGGCCCCGCUGCUGCUUUCGUUGGCUACGGUGGUGUCACCGUGCGUCCGAAGAUUCAAGCGGGAGCCGAUUGGUUCAUCACCGACUUCCAGGAGAUUUUGGACGUGCUGCCAAAGGGCCACGAAUUGUAGCUGCCCAGUUCGCAGCGACUCUGGCAGUUGUAAGGCGCCCGCGGGUAACCCGCUAGACUUCUUUUGAAUUGCACUUGCUUCUUCUCCGUCUUCUUGUAUCAAUCGGUUCCCUCCUACCACCGCCCCUUGUGCCUCUUCCUCAAUUCGUUUUAUCCCAAGCCGCCCCAGGCGUUUUUUCAUGCUGUCUUCCAGUAUCAACCGUCUGGGGCACACGGAGCUUCUGGCGCGAGAGACGUAAUGACAGCGUCGAGAUUUUCUACCACGCCGCGUCAAGAAAUGAAUGCUCCUCGACAUCUCUCAGGGCUGCCCAGGUGAACUCUGUGGCGGAAUGCCCCUUUGCACCCAAGUCGGUAUCGGCACGUUUCUUCCUGUCCCGGGACACGGACACGCA